CAUGAAAGAGGUAAGCUAGUUCUAAUUAAAAAUUAGACUUUGGUCUCGGAGUUAUUGAAUUUAAAAAUAAAUUGGUAAUGAACUUUUGAGGCAUAGCAAAUCAGUCACUCAUGGCAUCAGAAGGAGCCAUUGUACUAAGCUAUGGAGACAUAUUGUUACGAGAAUCUGAUGUCAACUUAUUGAAUGAUGGUCAGUGGCUAAAUGAUAAUAUCAUUGCUUUCUGGCUUGAGUAUCUUCAGAAUGAAGUCUAUGGUGAUCAUAGUGAAUCAGUACUAUUUAUCAGCCCAUCAGUGGGACAUCUGUUAAAGGCUGGGGAUCCAGAAGAUGCUCAGAGUAUUCUUGAAUCAAUGUGUCUGAGCAAAAAAGAGUUGAUCUUUCUUCCCAUUAAUGACUGCACUUCUGCAGAAGCUAUGGGAGGUAGUCAUUGGAGUCUUCUUGUGUACUGCUCAGCACCUUGGGGAUUUCAACAUUAUGAUUCUCAUACUGGCAGUGUGAACCUACUUUAUGCAGAAAGAGUUGCUUGUCUAAUUGCUCCAUAUGUUGGUAAAGAAUAUGAUCCUAACCAAAUAGUUCAAGUACUUGAAAUGGAGUGUACACAACAACACAACAGCUAUGACUGUGGAAUUCAUGUCAUCUGCAACACGGAAGCUAUCUGUAGAAAGCAUUUCCUUAAUGAUUCACGACAUAUAUCUGAUAUUGUUUCCUCUGAAACUUUAUUCAAGGCAAGACAAGAUCUACGAAAUCUAAUUUAUUCUCUGCAAGGGAAAACUUCUGUGUGACUGUAAUUCCUGCUUUUUUAGUGAAUGUAUAGUGGCUCAAAAUACAUGUUUUGUAAUGGUGAAAAUUUGAAGUGUUGUUUUUUCAGUAUGUGUUGAAGUUGGCCUUAAUGUUAAAAUAAGUAUACGUGGUGCUUUGAGUAUAUUUUUGAAAGAUUUCAUUGUUGUUGUUAAUGUGCUCUUAUACACUGCAAAUUGUUGGAACAUUUCAAGUACACCCUAAGCCUGAACUUAAGAAAGAUAGAAAAAAAAACAAGGUCAUGGUAGAAUAAUGAAACCAUUUUAGUCUUGGUUGCUUAUUACUAACUUUUUGUGAUGUGUAGGACAUAGAACAUUGUGAUAUUUAUUAAUUGUAUUAAAAAUUGUAGCUUUUCUCAUUCUGAUGGUAACUUUUAACUUAAAUUUCAAUGUAUGUCUGCAUACUAUUUUGUGAAGGUGGGCAAGCAUUCUGUAUACAUGAAGACCUUUGUCACAAUGUUUCAGAUAAUAAUUAUGAUAAAAAGCUCUGAUUGUAUGUGAAAUGGUUAUUUUAAUUUAGUAAAACAAUAAAAUAACUUAUCAAAAUAA